AUGUCGAUUGAGAAGGACGGUACACUCUACAGAGAAUGGACUCUCUGGUAUCUCAUUCCAGAUCGUUAUACAAUGAAAGAGGCAGCAUGGAAGGACUUUUUACAUCCAAUUGCUGAUUUUGAUACAAUUGAUAAGUUCUGGGCUGCAUUCAACUCUAUCGAAAAGGCAUCAUUGCUUCCAAAAGGUUGCAGAUACUACGUUUUUAGAAAAGGCAUUCUUCCAUUGUGGGAAGAUCACGCAAAUAUCAGUGGUCACGAAGUUUCUAUCGAACACACAAUCGCAAAGGCCAAGAAACCAAAGGUUAAUGACAGAUGGGAGGAUGUUCUCUUCUCUGUUAUUGGUGAAAGCUUCCCAUAUUCUGAUAAAAUUAAUGGCGUUGAGUUCACUGUUCGUACAGAAACUUUCAAGAUCGGUGUUUGGGUUUCUCAGACACCAUAUGAAGUUACCAAUGCUAUUUCUGCAGAAUUGGCCAAGUUAAUCAGAUGGAAUACUCCAGUAAAGGUUAGCGAAAUCAAGAUUUAA